UUUGGGACUGGGAUUUUCAGGAACUCCAGUUGGGAAUUACACUGGCAAUGUGUCCAAUCAAAGCAUGCCAUUUCAAGGGAGCAGCACGAUGGUUACUGCAGUCAUAUCAUUCACCGUGUUCAUCGUUGGACUUACUGGCAACACUCUGGCUAUCUACGUAGUUUUGCGCUAUGCUAAGAUGAAAACAGUUACAAACAUCUACAUUUUAAACUUGGCCGUGGCCGAUGAGCUGUAUAUUUUGGGCCUCCCUUUCCUUACGACGCAAAACGUACUGUCCUACUGGCCGUUUGGCUCAUUCCUGUGUCGCGUCGUCAUGACGGCAGACUCGUUAAAUCAAUUCACAAGCAUCUUCUGUUUGACGGUGAUGAGUAUUGAUCGCUAUUUAGCAGUAGUGCAUCCUAUCCGCUCCACUAGGUGGCGCCGGCCACGAGUAGCUAAAGCAGUUAGCGCAGCGGUCUGGGCAUUUUCGUUCAUCGUUGUUCUCCCCGUGGUGAUAUUCUCUGACGUGCAGGACAUGUUUAACUCAUGCAACAUGAGUUGGCCAGAGCCACGAGACGUUUGGUCGACAGCAUUCAUACUUUACACCGCAACGCUCGGAUUCUUCGGCCCCCUGCUGGUCAUCUGCAUGUGUUACCUGCUCAUCGUAGUCAAGGUGAAGUCGUCUGGUGCACGGGCGGGAUUUACAAAGCGCAGACGCUCCGAGCGGAAGGUGACCCGCAUGGUGGUGGUGAUCGUGGUAGUGUUCGUCCUCUGCUGGCUGCCGUUCUACAUCAUCAACAUCGUAAACCUAGUGUUCAUACUCCCGGAGAACAGCGUGAUGGCAGGGGUGUAUUUUUUCGCCGUCAUCCUGUCGUAUGCCAACAGCUGUGCCAAUCCGCUGCUCUACGGGUUCUUGUCCGACAACUUCAAGCAGAGUUUCCGGAAGGUGCUGUGCGUGCGCAAGGCAAACGGCGUGGAGGAUGGCGAUCCCAGUGUGCCGCGGACGGAGAAAACGACGACCCACGAUACAUUCCUGACGCCUCAGAACAAUGACUUUAAUGGACACGUACAAGGCAGCCAGGUGUGGCCUGAGCCUCAAGCCACACCCCUGAAUGUGCCAGUGACUCCGCCCUCCCGCGCAGCAGAGCUCAGUCUGCACCCGGUGCCCAUCGUCGCCACGCCCAGCUCCAGCCGUGACCUGUGACCCCGGCGGCUCGCGAGAGCCCAUCCGAACAAUGCCAGGAUACUUUGUUUUGGGUGGAGGGUGCAGUGUGUGCUGAAAAACACCAGCGUCUUCACGCUCAUGGAAAACCUGGAAUUUUAAACCGGCUUGGAAAAUUCUAUGUUGAAUUUAAAAGCUUUAAAAUAUUUAAUCAGCUAAGAAUUACUAUUUGUGA